CGAAGGACUGUUUGCGAUACGAAAGGACACGCCCAACACCGUGAAGGAAGGGAGCUAUCAAAGAGAGGGAGCUACCGAUCUGUUAUAUUAGAACACUUCCAUUUCGAUUCCUAUAUCAAGUCUCGAUGAGCGCUUCGAUCUGGUCUAUCCGGAAUGGCCUCCCCCGAAGCAUGAAUGUGACCAUUGGUGCUCGAUCAGUUCGUGGAAAUCCAAUUCCUCGCGCUUCUAAAAUCAUUGCAACGACACACAUUCAACCGGCGCGCAAUUUUUCCUCUUGCCUCGCCCGACCUCCGGCUCCCAGAACUGCAAGACCCACCGGUAUCUGUAAUUCAAAAAAUCAAUGGAGCACCCAACCUUCCCUGAAUUCUGCUCGAGCAUUUUCACUUUGGCCAUUCGGCAGCUCAAAACCUAAUGAUGAAGCCUUACAGGAAGCGGCUAGCUCCCCUUCCACUGCACUUGACGCAUCGAAAGCCACUCCGGAUCCCCUCGCGCCUGGCUCGGAUCUGAAGACAACCACAUUAGAACCUACUCAACUAGCACCAUCUGACAUCAAUCCAUUACUACAUUCCUCAACUUCUCAAGAUCUCCCCAUCGUGCCUCAACUCAGCGAAGGUUACACUUCUUCACUUUCAGCUGUACAGGAACUCGGCCAACUCGAAUUGCAACACGGAUUCCUAGCUUCUUAUUCCAGUGGAUUGGUCGAAAAGGCCCUGUGUCACGUCCACGACGCACUUGCUCUCCCUUGGUUCCUCACCAUCCCAAUCGUCAUCCUCUCACUUCGUACAGUCCUUAUUCCUAUCAACAUCUGGUCCAUGCAAAUCGGUGUCCGCAACAUGCGCGUCAAACCAAAAAUUGAUGAGCAAAUUCAAGUCAUCAAAGAACUUCAAACCAAAGGCGAACAACAGAAAGCCUUCAUGAAACAGAAUGAAUUGAGAGCAUUAAUGAAAGCUGAAGGAUUUCGACCACUAGCGCCACUUGGCUUACCGCUUGUUCAAGGAAGUUUAUUUGUUUCAUUCUUUUGGGCUUUGAGAGAAAUGGGAAAUCAUCACCUGUUCAGUUUAACGCAAGAAGGCGCCCUCUGGUUUACUGAUCUGACCGUUGGUGGACCAUGGUACGGAUUACCCUUGAUCGCUUCGGGUUUGACGCUUUUGAGUGUAGAGACUGCGGCUGAAAUGGGUGGAAUGAAGGCUGGUCAAAGUGAGAAGGUGAUGUGGUUCCUGAGAGCCGUAAUCCUUGGGACACUGUGGUUGUUCUACGAUCUUCCAUCCGCCGUAUUCCUUUACUGGUGCACGAACAACUUCUUUUCGCUCCUUUGGGGUACUUUUGUCAGACUUGCUCCUGCUUCACUCAAGAAACUCUUGAAGAUUCCCGAAACACCUAAACCUGCACCCAAGACAUCAGAAGAGGAAGCAGCCAAGAAACCUGGUUUCAUGGAUGGAUUUUUAGCCAUGGCAUCUGAUGCUAAAAAAGUUGGAGAUCUAUCACAUCCGACUCAGAAGCCUUCAUCUGCUCCUAGCACUAUUCGAGCCGUGCGACCACCACCACCUAAGAUUUGGGAUGGUCCGAAGAAGUCUCCUUCGACCAUCAAAAAGACGCAGGGUAAAGCUAAGAACUGAGCAUGGCGAUGGACUCGAUAUGGCCAUUUCACCUUUAUACCUCUAACUUGUUUCUAUUGCUACCACCCUAAAAUUUUGAAAAUGAAUGAGGAUAAAAACAUCCUUUUGAAAAUCAAAUAAUCAUAUGGACGAGUGCUUGACCCAA